AUGCUCUUCUCGUACCCAUCCUUCACAACUUCUAUGGCUAGCAUUUUUGCCCUUUUCCUGUUCAUCUUCUUUCUACUAUGGAUAUCAAGAAGAGUUCAAAGAACUGCCAGUAAAAAGACAGUUCCACCUGGAGCUGGCGGCGCGUGGCCUUUGAUUGGCCACCUCCGCCUAUUAAGAGAGUUACAACCGCCUCAUAUAACUUUGGGUAAAAUGGCCGACAAGUAUGGACCAAUCUUCACUAUCUACUUGGGUGUGCAUCGAACUCUAGUAGUAAGCAGUUGGGAGAUAGCUAAAGAGUGUUUCACCACCAAUGACAAAGCCUUUGCCAACCGCCCAAAAGCUAUAGCCGCAGAAAUCAUGGGUUACAACUAUGCCAUGUUUGGGUCUAGCCCUUACGGUCCUUAUUGGCGUCAAUUACGAAAAAUAACCGUGCUUGAGGUCCUCUCAAAUCACCGACUUGAAUUGCUCAAGCACAUUCGGCAAGCCGAGGUAAGUGCAUCUAUAAAAGACAUGUAUUACCAAUGGGUCAAGAAUGAAAACGUACCAGUGGAGAUGAAAAGGUGGUUUGGUUACACAACCCUAAACGUAGUAUUGAAGACUGUUGUAGGAGAGCGAUUUAGUGGGGCUGUGACCAAUGUGGAGAAUGAGGAGAAUGAUCAACGUCGAAAGGCUUUGAGAGAUUUUUUCGAUUUGACUGGGGCAUAUGUGUUGUCAGAUGCAAUACCAUAUCUAAGAUGGUUGGACUUGGGAGGGUACAAGAAAUUAAUGAAGAAAACAGGAAAAGAAUUGGAUUAUAUGGUUGGAGAAUGGUUAGAAGAACAUAAGCGUGCAAAAAUUUCAGGUGAGGUGAAGGGACACCAAGACUUUAUGGAUGUGAUGUUGUCCAAUGUUACUGACGAUGAUGCUGAGACUUCCAGUUAUGAUGCUGAUACAAUCAUCAAAGCUACAAGCUUGGUCCUUAUGUUAGCAGGUACAGACGCAACAACAAUAACAUUAACAUGGGCUCUCUCUUUACUUCUCAACAAUUUUGAAGCCUUAAGGAAAGCCCAACAAGAAUUAGACCUCCAGGUUGGUAGAGAAAGGCAAGUAGAGGAAUCAGACAUGAAAAAUUUGGUCUAUCUCCAAGCUAUUAUCAAAGAAACAAUGCGUUUAUAUCCUGCAGCAUCACUCUCAGUGCCACACGAGUCUACUGAAGACUGUACUUUGGCAGGCUAUCAUGUCCCAGCCGGCACUCGACUCAUUGUUAAUAUUUCAAAGCUCCAUCGAGACCCAGAUUUAUGGUCAAAUCCAAAUGAAUUUCAACCUGAAAGAUUCCUUACAACCCACAAGGAUGUUGAUGUUAGGGGCCAACAUUUCGAAUACUUACCAUUUGGUAGUGGUAGAAGAGUGUGCCCUGGGAUAUCAUUUGUACUACAAGUUAUACAACUCACAUUAGCUACCUUAUUGCAUGCUUUUGAAAUCUCGACACCGUUAAAUGAACCUGUGGACAUGAGUGAGGAAGCAGGACAAACCAACUUGAAAGUCACCCCACUUGAAGUCCAUGUCACUCCUCGCCUUCCUGCCCAAGUAUAUACAUAA